UCUACAGUGUCCUCCCCUCCAUUCUCCUCGUCUUGUCAGUUACAGGGACAGUUUCAUCUAAAUGGGAUGCACAAGUCUGGAGACGUGGUUCUGGGUGGACUCUUUCGAAUCCACUUCUUUUCUGUGGUUCCUGACCUGUCUUUCACCUAUGAGCCACAACAGCCUUCUUGCUAUGGUUUUGAUGUUGUAGGAUUUAGGCGUGCCCAGACCAUGGCCUUUGCUAUUGAUGAGAUCAACAGAAACCCAAACCUGCUGCCUAAUGUGACUCUGGGAUACAGUUUGUAUGAUAACUGUGCAAAUGUUGGGAUUGGCUUCCGUGCAGCCCUGUCAUUAGCAAAUGGUCAAGAGGAGCAAACUAUAUUAGAUGAGAAAUGUUUAGGAAACCCUCCAGUCAUAGGGAUUGUUGGUGAAUCUUCUUCUACACGUUCUAUUGCCAUCUCCUCUGUGUUAGGUCUGUACAGAGUCCCUAUGGUGAGUUAUUCUUCCACAUGUUCCUGCCUGAGUGACCGGCAAAAGUAUCCAUCCUUCUACAGAACAAUCCCAAGUGAUGUUUUCCAGGUUCGUGCUAUGAUUCAGAUUCUAAAGCACUUUGAUUGGACUUGGGCAGGUCUGCUGAUCAGUGAUGAUGAUUAUGGACUCUAUGCUGCAAGGUCUUUACAGUCUGACCUGAGUCUCUCUGGUGACGGCUGUCUGGCUUACAUAGAGAUUUUACCCUGGUCCAAUGAUCUAACUGAGUUUAGGAGGAUUGCGGAUGUGAUGAAGAAAUCCACAGCUCGUGUUGUCAUUGUUUUUGCACAUGAGAGUCACAUGAUCAACCUCAUGAAAGAGAUCAUCAGACAGAAUGUAACAGGCCUCCAGUGGAUGGCCAGUGAAGCCUGGGCGGUUACUGCUGUUCUCCAGACCCCUCACUACAUGCCAUACCUGGGUGGGACACUGGGCAUUGCCAUCCGUCGAGGAGAAAUACCAGGGCUCAGGGACUUCUUGUUACAAACACGUCCUGAUCCACAUCAUAGUAGCUACGAAAAUAGCACGGUAAAUCUGUUUUGGGAAUUCACAUUUCAGUGUAGAUUUGCACCACCUCCAGCAGGUUGGGUGGAAGGUGGGGGGGCCCUGUGCACUGGACAGGAAGAUAUGGAGUUUGUGCACACAGAGUUCUUGGACAUUUCAGAGCUCAGACCAGAGUAUAAUGUGUACAAGGCUGUUUACGCUCUGGCCUAUGCUCUUCAUGAUAUGCUGCAGUGUGAACCUGGGAGGGGUCCUUUCAGUGGAAACAGCUGUGGAAAUUUGAAAGGGCUGGAGCCGUGGCAGCUUCUGUAUUACUUGAACAAGGUCAACUUCACCACAUCAUUUGGUGAUCAAGUGUCAUUUGAUGAGAAUGGUGAUGCCUUACCAAUAUAUGAUAUCCUAAAUUGGUUGUGGCUCCCUGAUGGAAGAACUGUAGUUCAAAAUGUUGGUGAAGUUAAAAAGUCAGCCUUCAAAGGUGAAGAAAUUACAAUCGAUGAAGAGAAAAUCUUCUGGAAUUUCAAAACCAAAAAGCCGCCCCGGUCACUUUGUAGUGAGAGCUGUCCUCCAGGUAUGCGUGUAAUGAGAAAGAAGGGGGAACCUGAGUGCUGUUUUGACUGCAUCCCUUGUUCUGAGGGAGAGAUCAGUAAUGAGACCAACUCUGUGGAGUGCAUCAGUUGUCCAGAGGACUUCUGGUCCAGCCCUCAGCAUGACCACUGUGUUCCUAAGAAAACAGAGUUCCUCUCCUACCAGGAACCUCUGGGUAUCUGCUUGGCAGUCACCUCAUUACUGGGAACAUUCAUCUGUGCUAUUGUUCUAGGGAUAUUUAUCUACCAUCGCAGUACCCCUAUAGUACGCGCCAACAAUUCUGAACUUAGUUUCCAGCUGUUGUUGUCUCUUAAGCUAUGUUUCUUGUGUUCACUGUUAUUCAUUGGACGCCCCAGAUUGUGGACAUGCCAACUGAGACAUGCAGCAUUUGGGAUCAGCUUUGUGCUUUGUGUCUCAUGCAUUCUGGUAAAAACCAUGGUGGUUCUGGCUGUGUUCAAGGCCUCUAAGCCAGGAGGUGAAAGCAGUCUUAAGUGGUUUGGUUUAAUGCAGCAGAGAGGAACAGUUCUGGUUCUUACGUCUAUUCAAGCAGCUAUCUGUGCUGCCUGGCUUGUUUCUUCCUCACCAGCUCCUCAUAAAAACACACAAUACCACAAUGAUAAGAUAGUUUAUGAGUGUGUAGUUGGGUCCACUGUUGGUUUUGCAGUGUUGUUGGGUUAUAUUGGCUUACUGGCCUUCCUCAGUUUUAUAAUUGCAUUUCUUUCAAGAAAUCUUCCAGACAGUUUCAAUGAGGCCAAACUCAUCACAUUCAGCAUGCUCAUCUUCUGUGCUGUGUGGGUGGCCUUUGUCCCAGCUUACAUCAGCUCACCAGGUAAAUAUGCUGAUGCACUGGAGGCAUUUGCCAUCCUGGCCUCCAGCUUUGGCCUCUUGGUAGCGCUGUUUGGACCCAAAUGUUACAUAAUCCUCCUGAGACCAGAGAGGAACACAAAGAAAGCUAUCAUGGGUCGAGGUACCACCAACUCAUGA